AGGCCUACUGGGAUACAGUACUACAGCCUACUGGAUAUCUUUUGCUCCUCUCUUUUGGUCCGAUUUCGCCGACACUGGAAGAAAACACACUUUGCUCACACUUCUCAGGUUCCAUAACACAAUUUCGUUCGCCAUCGAUAUAAAAUCUAAUUGAUCAAUACGUUGAUUUGCCAAGAUAGAUUAUAAGAUAAGAUGAACCGUUCCAGCCCCAGCAUCCCAACCAACAGCAGCAUCACCACUGCGCCUCGGUGUACAGUUACUGUGAAUGGACAACAAUACGAUGUCUCCAACUUGUUGUCCAGAGCCAGUGAUCAUAAUCCAUUGAUGAUGGACAGGUCUCCUUCGUUUCUUCCCACAAGCCUUCUAAGGAAUGGCCAACAGCAGCGACGCAACACUUGGCCCAUGAAGAAGGAAGAUCGCUUCCAGUUCCUGCAACGACAGCCCUUUAUUUAUCCCCAUCCCCAUUCUUGCGCCGAGCUCCUAAGAGCCUCUGACAUUGAUAACAAGGAUAUUGACAAGAUCAUCCCCGUGCCUACCACAAGCCCUAUUCGAUCAACCCAGUCCCAACCAUGCCACUCUUAUCCAUCAACCUAUGAUUUUAAUGAGCAACUAAGAAGAUCACCAGAGCCACUCUGCAAGUCCUCCGAGCCACUCUGCAAGUCAUCUUCCUCCAUGUACCACAAGUCAUCCCCACAGCCAGUAGUACAGCCAGUGGUAUCAUCCUUUCCCCAAGCGGCCGAAGUACUCAGCUGUCCUCUGGUGGAAGUCUCUCCGGGUGUCCGUGUCCCCUACUUUGGCGCUGCCUUUACCACGCGGGCGAUUGCCAAUCAAGAUCACAUUUCCACGACCUGUCUCGUCUGCGAUGCCUACUUGUCCUGCAUGUUUGGCGUCGAAUACGUUGCCUGUCCCAACUGUCAUGCCGUCAGUCCCGUCGAUGAACGCAUCACCAUGUUGUACCCACAACCUCCCAUGGGACUCGGUAUUGGACUGCAACGACCCAAGAGUGCCGAUUGCCGCAGUCAACGCAUUCAGAAUCAUGGGCCUACUACUACUAGUACUAGUACAAGUAGUACAGUCACAACAACAACAGACAUUACCGAACCCGAAAUCCCAAUGCCAUCCCCCAGCCCCAGGGAUGGAAGCUACUGGGAAUCCUCGUCGUCACUCAAGUACGACAAUAAUGACGACCAACAAAAGACCACUGAAAAGCAACGAAUGGCCUAUGGUUCUUAUCAUCAUCAUCAAGAAUCACCACAACAGACAGCUUUGUGCUACUAUCAAUAAAAAGUAUAUAAAAAGUUAGCAAUUUUGAUUACACUACACC